AUGCGGCGCUCCAGCACGGACGAGUCCACGUACCGGCGCAGCCCGUCGCCCGCGGGCGGGGAGCCGGGCUUCCGGCGCUGCAGCAGCCUGUGCGGGCGCGCGGGCGCCGGGGACGGCGCGGGCGGCGGCGGCCCCUUCCUCGGCCUGCACGGGGACCCCGGCGCCAAGGCGGCCCAGGCGCGCGGCACGCCGCCCAAGGGCCACAAGUACGUGGUCUUCUACCUGGACCUGUCCUUCAUCUUCCUCCUAGAGCUGAAGCGCUGCAGCAUGGCGCGCGGCUGCCUGCAGAGCGUCAAGUACCUCAUGUUCGCCUUCAACCUGCUCUUCUGGCUGGGAGGUUGUGGCGUGCUGGGCGUCGGCAUCUGGUUGGCUGCCACACAGGGGAACUUUGCCACCCUGUCCUCCUCCUUCCCGUCCUUGUCGGCUGCCAACCUGCUCAUCGUGACUGGCACCUUCGUCAUGGCCAUCGGCUUCGUGGGCUGCAUCGGGGCCCUCAAGGAGAACAAGUGCCUCCUGCUCACUUUCUUCGUGAUGCUGCUGCUCGUGUUCCUGCUGGAGGCCACCAUUGCCAUCCUCUUCUUCGCCUACACUGACAAGAUUGACAGGUAUGCCCAGCAAGACCUGAAGAAGGGCCUGCACCUGUAUGGCACACAGGGCAAUGUGGGACUCACCAACGCCUGGAGCAUCAUCCAGACUGAUUUCCGCUGCUGUGGCGUCUCCAACUACACUGACUGGUUCGAGGUGUACAAUGCCACACGUGUGCCUGACUCCUGCUGCCUGGAGUUCAGUGAGAGCUGUGGGCUGCAUGCACCCGGCACCUGGUGGAAGGCGCCAUGUUACGAGACGGUGAAGAUGUGGCUCCAGGAGAAUCUACUAGCUGUGGGGGUCUUCGGGCUGUGCACAGCACUGGUGCAGAUUUUGGGCCUGACCUUUGCCAUGACCAUGUACUGCCAGGUGGUAAAGGCGGACACCUACUGUGCAUAGGCCACCUGCCACCCUGCUUCUCUGCCAAAGGAUGCCACCCACCAGGGAGAUGGUCACAUCCAAACCCGCUUCUCCCACGGCAGGACUUGGUGCUAUGCUCCAGGGAGGGAGGAGUAGGUGCCUGGAGCCCCAGCCUGAGCAACUGCAGGGUCUCCAGACCAGGUGGGAGGGGGUGGCCAAGUGCUGACCGUGGGGCUGGGGCUGGGGCUGGGAGGGGCUUCUGGCGUUUUUUAUAUCCAUGUAUUCUCCAGAGCAGUAUUCACAUGGGGUGGGGAGGCAGCUGAGCUGUGGUCCCCAGCCUCCUGGGGACACUGGAAGGACCAGGUCUCAGCUUCCUGGAGGCCCAUCCACUGGUCCUGGUGCUCCAGGCAGGUCCACAACCUGGUAAUCCACAUUCCACGGGGCCCUGAGGGCCCCAGGUGCAUCUUAAUAAAGUGUGUGAGCAGCA